AGAUAGAGGCACUUAGUUUUCACCUGCGGAACCGAACAGACACAGAAAAAAAGAAAACAAUGGCGAGAUUCGUGGAAUGGCUUCUGUUGGUACCGCUGGUUCAAAUAUUGGGUGAUGACCGUUACUCCAUGUGUCCAACUGGGCUCUUUAUACCGGAAGGAGAGAGCACGUGCCGCCCGUGUUCCGGUUGCCCCGACAACGAGGUCGUUAAGGAGACGUGUCUGGGUCACAGGGACACGGUGUGUGGGCCGUUUGUGGAGUUUAAGGCUUUCAAUUUCCAAGUACAUAACGACAAGACUACAACCCACCCUACACCCUCUCGGACAGACAGCGGUACAGAAGAUACACUUUACACACUGAGUAUCGUUUUAAUGGCGCUUCUGGCUAUCACCAGCGCCGUGUGUGUCUCCAUGGCCGCCCUCAUCUGCUACCGCCGACGACGCGACCGGAAGGAGUUGCUUAUGGAACAGGCGGGGAAAGAUGCUGUCGCAGGGAGCUACGACACCAUAGAUCCCCCUACGCGAAGGUGCCGCCGACGACCGCCGUCAAUGUCCGGAAAUGACCAAGCGGACACAGCGCGUCCGUCCUCCUCCAAUAUCGAACAGUUUGAAAUCGCGGAAGAGGAACAUCGCACAUAGAGAAACUGUGGCCACAAAAAGCGUAUCUGUGAUUGGGCGGUUCCAUUACUAGUAUAAGGAUCAGUUUUAGUGAAUAAAGUGUCCAAAUAAGGAAGAUAGAGCUUAGGAUUGCCCCUGAACUCGGGAUUAAGAGCUAUUAUACAGUUGUAAUUUGUUGCUAGGUAUCUGUAUUAAAAAAGUAACCAAUGGAUAUACAUGACUUUAGAAACCGUUUCAACAGGAUUUUAAGCCCACAAAGUAUCUAUAUAUCUGCUUGGAGUCUGAAUCAAGACAUGGCUCUGGUGUAGAAUCGUUUCUUAGAUUCUAGCACAGAAAGACAUGUGAAAUUUAAUACGCAUUUUAUAUACAACGAAAAACGAAAGUGUCCAUAUUGUACACAGGAUCAUAAACGCUUCAACGAAACGCGAAAACAGCAGGCCAUGGUGCCUCCAGGAAUCUGUAAAUACAAUACGUAUGCUUUUGUAUAUAUACAAAAUGGUAAAGAAGUGCUGUACACAUGUGUCUUACACGCAUGCUUCGCCUAUUCGUUAUGCAUACACAUGUAUGGCGAUAAAUGUAUCAUAAAGAAUCAUACAAUUGACAUCAUGCGACGUUUGCAAUGUUAAUCUAUCAGUAGGCGAAUUGUCAGUUAUAUAGGAAGAGCGAGCCCGAUCACAAUAUUUUAAUAUGAUUUCCUAUUUUCUACAAGAAAAAAUAAUUCCAAGUUUUGAUAUGAAUGUUUAGAAUUUGAACAGAAAUAAAUGAGCUUACCAGGAAAGCAGCAAAGAUUGUGCUUGUCCAGCCUAUCACAUUUAAUAUGAGAGAAAGACUAUCCGACACAGGAGCCAGGCAGCCCUGAAAUGGGCAAGAAACAUCCAGUGUUGGAUUUAUAACAUAGUCGAAACCGGAUGCCAGCGCUCGUUCGCUACGCUUCUACGUCGAUUUAAAGACACAACUCAUUCAUAUUAAGGCCAUAUUUUUAUAAGCCUUUUUGGUAACAUGUGGACUUCGUUUCGUGUGAAACGGGUGAUCUUCAUUUAUGUUUAGGUGUUUGCGGGACGAAAAACGCCAUCAACACCAAAGCUAUGCGAACUACAUCGGCAACUUUAAAACACUAUUUCUGUAUAAUGAAUGCUAACUGAAAUGAUUUUGAACUAUUAAACGUACCCUCAUGUA